CUUUCCCGCAUAGCUUUUGUUUCUAAUAUUUUUCCAUACGUCACGUGGGACCCAGUUAAUAUUCUUCACAAAAAAUCCGCUACCUUGCCUUGGAAACAUAUUUUGCAUGACCCAACAAACAUGAAAUUAAAAAAAUACUCCACUUAACAAUGAAAUAAUACAAAUAAAGCCUUUAUCUUAUUUAUAAUAUCAUCGGUCAUUGUAUAUCAGAAGUCAGAAGUCAGAAGUGCUAGACAAAAUGUACAAUGUUCAAUCUUUUUUGACCUAAUAGAAAAAGCUUCCGCUGACAAACUAUGAUCAAUAUUAUUUCCUUUAGAUGUCAAAAAAUACUAUAGCUACUAACUUCAUAUAAUAUUUUGUGAAUGUCUCGUUUCUUAAUUUUUUGUUAAAACUCGGCCCUAUUUAUACAAAAGACAAUGCGAAAAAAUCUUUAAACAACGGGAGUUUUACUACUAAAAAAAAACUUCGAAAUUGAAAGUGUAAUUAAGAACUCUCCAUUAUAUUUGAAGGAUUCAAAUCAACCUUAACAUUUCUCAGAAAAUAUAAGGAAUAGACCGAAAUACCCCUGAAGAUCAUCUCCCAAAACGGCAAAACCUGAGAGAAUCGUGACGGGACCCACACGAAGAGAGACACGUCAUGAAACUUACAGACUGUAACUAACCACCGGCCUGUCUUGCCACAAAGAGAAAUUUCAUGAUCCAACCAAAACCCUCGUUACUAAAAAAAUGUAACUUCUUAAAAAAAAAAACAAAGGCUCUAAAAGAUUCAACUUAUAAACUAAAAGAACUCAAAUAUGUAACUUACUAUUUCUUUUACCAAUAAGGUAACAAAAAAUUUCAUUUCAAUAAAGAUGUAUCAAAUUAGGUAUUGUCACGCGCAAAAAAGAAAUCUGGACUUUACCAGAGUACCACCAUUAAUUUUUAUAGAUAAAACAGAAACAUUAGUUUCCAAUUUUGAAUAUUACGAUACGAACAAACAAGACAGUAAGACACUAGAGUUUUGAGAAAGAAGAGAAAUAAUUAUAAAUACGUUUUGAAAAUAUAUAACAAAAGGAAAACAAAUGUUUGUUUUGAAAUUAAAAUUUAUGUCCCCCGUUCGACCACAAAUAAAUAACAGACGUAUUUUAUAAAUACAAAAAAAAAAAAAGGUUUAAUGUGUCAUCUUCCACUCUAUUUAUUUGUACUCUCAAAUUGCAAACGUAUAGGCAUUUUAAAAAGAGAGAGAGAGAAAGAGUUGUUAAUGUAAGUCUCUUCUUGGCGUGAAUUCGGAUGCUUUAAUCGGAAAAGGUUCUUCGGCGAAUCAUCAGCCAAGUCGAUUUUGAAACCAUCUUUCUUAGCCCUUUGGACCGGUUUGGGUACAUGGAAGGAGGAGGCAUGUUUGAAGAAAUUGGGUGUUUUGAUCCAAAUGCUCCAGCAGAAAUGACGGCUGAGAGCAGUUUCUCUCCGGCUGAGCCACCACCGACGAUCACGGUCAUCGGUAGCAACAGCAACAGCAACUGCAGUUUAGAAGAUCUCUCUGAAUUCCACCUCAGCCCACAAGACUCUUCUCUACCUGCCUCAGCCUCAGCUUAUGUUCAUCAGCUUCACGUCAAUGCUACGCCUAAUUGUGAUCAUCAAUUCCAGAGUUCGAUGCACCAAACCCUUCAAGGUCCAUCGUAUCCACAACAGUCGAAUAAUUGGGACAAUGGUUACCAAGAUUUUGUGAACUUGGUUCCUAAUCAUACAACUCCUGACCUACUUAGUCUCUUGCAAUUACCAAGAUCCUCACUUCCGCCAUUCGCAAACCCUAGCCUUCAAGAUAUUAUCAUGACAACAUCUUCCUCUGUUGCCGCCUAUGACCCGCUCUUCCACCUGAAUUUCCCUUUGCAGCCUCCUAAUGGGACUUUCAUAGGAGUUGAUCAAGAUCAAACUGAGAUAGAAAACCAAGGAGUGAAUUUGAUGUAUGAUGAAGAAAACAACAACCUAGACAAUGGUCUAAACCGUAAAGGGAGAGGAUCGAGAAAGCGGAAAGUUUUCCCUACCGAACGCGAGAGAAGAGUUCACUUCAAAGACCGGUUUGGUGACUUAAAGAAUCUAAUUCCAAAUCCCACCAAGAAUGAUAGAGCAUCAAUCGUCGGAGAAGCGAUAGAUUACAUCAAAGAGUUGUUAAGGACGAUCGAUGAGUUCAAGCUGCUAGUCGAAAAGAAAAGAACAAAACAGCGGAACAGAGAAGGAGAUGAUGUUAUUGAUGAGAACUUCAAGGCUCAAAGCGAAGUAGUAGAACAAUGUUUGAUCAAUAAGAAGAACAAUGCCUUGAGAUGCUCAUGGCUGAAGAGGAAAUCGAAAUUCACUGAGGUCGAUGUACGCAUCAUAGACGAUGACGUAACCAUCAAGAUCGUGCAGAAGAAGAAAAUCAAUUGUUUGGUCUUUGUAUCCAAAGUCGUUGACCAGCUUCAGCUUGAUCUUCACCAUGUAGCUGGUGCACAAAUCGGAGAGCACCACAGUUUCUUGUUCAACGCCAAGAUUUGUGAAGGAUCUAGUGUUUAUGCAAGUGCCAUAGCAGAUAGAGUAAUGGAAGUGUUGGAGAAACAAUACAUGGAAGCUCUUUCGACCAAUAAUGGCUAUCACUGCUACUCCAGUGAUUAAUGCGUUUUCACCUUAGCUGGUCAUUUCUUUGAUUAUGAAUAAUUAAUAAUCACAUUAGUAAUAUUUUCCGUAUUGUUGUUCUUAAAUUAGCCUCUGUUUCUAUUUUUUUUUUUUCUUUCUUGUUUUGGGUUUCAUUACCUGUUCCACUCAUAUCCCUCGAAAUUUCUUAGAUUAGUUUUCUUGAUUUUAUAUGUGA